AUGCAUGAAAUGACACAAGACGCAAUGACCUAUGUCCGUCAUUGUGGGAGGCCUGAUUUGUUCAUCACGUUCACAUGCAAUCCGAAAUGGGUUGAAAUCACACGCGAACUUUUUCCAGGCCAGCAGUACUCACACCGCCCUGACCUAAUUGCCCGCGUUUUCCGGUUACAGCUGCGUAAGCUUAUGGAUUUGAUCCUUAAAGGGCAAGUCUUCGGACGCGCCAAGUGUCAUAUGUACACAGUGGAAUGGCAGAAACGCGGUUUGCCUCAUGCCCACAUUCUGCUGUGGCUCAACGAUAAGGUUGACGCAAACAAAAUAGACGAUUUUAUUUCUGCUGAAAUUCCGGAUCUAGCGCUGGAUCCUUUUCUCCACGAAAUCAUUAAAAAAAAUACACAACCCCUGUGGCGCGAAUUACGAAAAAAGGUCAUGUUGGUCAAGCGGCCCCACUUGCACAAAGGGUUACCCCCGUAA